GGCCUCAGUUAUAUUUGUCCCUUUUCUUCGCUCUUUCUGGAGCUGCAAUUCAGCAAUUGCAUCUCUGCUGGUUUUGCUUUGAUAUUGGUUUUGGUACUCGUUUUGCUGCCAGUUCCUCCACUGCUUCUGAUAGCUAGUCCUACAGUGCUUCCUGGUAUUUGUUCAUUGAGAAGCUUGUGUUUGAUCUUCGCUCGAUUGACAGCUUAUAAACCAUCAGAUCAACUCAGAUCAGAUCCGAUAAGACUAACGAUACUCAUCAGACUCAGUCUUAAACACAUCCCAUCAAGGACAACUCCUCAAAUCUCAGCCCAUUUGUAUCAUAUAUAACUCAUAAUAGCUCAUAAUAGUUCAUAAUUAAUAACUCACAACUAAUAACUAAUAUCCAGCAUCUAAUAAUUAAUAUUUAAUAAUUAAUAAAAAUGGAAGAGUUUUUACUUUGUUUAUCACUAAUGCUUCUCUUAUUCAUUGCAAGAGAAGCCAAAAUCAGAAAUGAUAAUAAACUAAAAUAUGAUAUUUUACAAGAUGAUUUCAAACAAACCAACGAAUCCUCAAUUGAAAAAGUUAAAUCCAUUGAGGAAAAAUGUCUAAAACUAUCUGAUGAUAUAAAAAAAAACAAUGAAAUAAUAGCAAUUAAAAACUCAAAUAUCAUCUCUCUCAUGUCCGAUAUCAACAACUUGCAAAGUGAGGUUAACAAAUUAAACUCAAAACUAAUCCUAAAAGACCAAGAAUUGAACAAAAAUCUAGAAAAAAUCAAAAGAAUCAACGAAGAAAACAAUGCAAAGGAUGUAAUCAUAAACCAAUCUUCCAAGAAACUAGAAGAACUAGAGAAAAAAAUCUCCAUCGAUAACGACCAAUUCAAAACCUUAAAAAUUGACAAAAACAACCUCGUAUUCAACUACAAUAAAAUCAAUUCUCAAAAUAACAAUCUCCUUCAAACAAACUCAAAUUUAAUCAAGGAUUACGAUACUUUGAACUUCAAUUUCAAAAAGCUAUUGAAUAAACACAAAGAAUUAAAAUUCACAAUUUCCUCCUUCUUACCAACCAUCAAACUAUUCAAAAAGGAAUACUCUUACCAUCUAAUCAAUUUUCAAAAGGAUUACAAAAAUUUAAAGAUUUUAUUAUUCAAAAAUCAAUUGUUAUGGUCAAACAAACUAUCAACCAGCAACACUAUUAAUAACGAUGACAAAAAAUCCUUUAAAAAGGAUCAAUUGAAAUUUAAAGAAGAGAUCGACAAAAGAGAAUUAAAACUAAAAAAUCUAAAGGAAAAAUUCGAUAUACAAUAUAAUGAACUUCAAAUUGAUGAUUUAAAUGAUAAAAUUAAACAAUCCUCACUUGUCUCUGAAGAUUUAAUUCCAGAACAUGAAAAGGGUGAAUUUGUAAUUAAAAAAUUGCAUAGAACUGGUUCUGUCCCAUUAACAAAUUUAGAAAAGGGUUCAGAAAGGGGUUUAGAAAAUCAUUUGGAAAAUGAUUUACUAAAUGAUAGUUUUAACUAUAAUGAAAGUCUUGAUAAUAACGAUAAUAAUGAUGUUAAUAAUGUUAAUGUUAAUGUUAAUGAUAAAACUAAAUCUACCAUACCAAACACCCUCAAUGCUAGAUCUUCUGCUCCUCUAAUCGAAUCGAACAAAGAUAUCAAUCCAAUCCCUGAUUUACUGAACAAUAAUAAUAUUAAUAAUCCUACUAAUAUUAAUAAUCCUAAUCAUAUCAAUAAUCCUGAUAUCAAUCCUGAUAAUAAUCCAGAUGAGAAUCUAGAUGAUAAUCUUAAUAAUAACAAUGAAGAGGAAAAACUAUUAGAAGGCACUUAUGAACCUUCUUUGAAACUUUUUCAUUCAAAUGAAAAACCCUUGAAUGAAAACACCAACGUUAUCGAUAACGAUAACCAACCAACUAAAAAUAUAAACAAUACUCAAAACCAAAAUAACAUCAGUGAUACUACUCAAAAUGAAAAUAUUCAACCGAAUUCUAACAAAAAAUCAUUUGCAAAAUUAAAAAUAAAUCCAGCAAUCAACAGACAAAAGAGCUCCCAUAGAAGACACAGACCCAUCAUCAAAACCACUGCUCCCUCCGAAGAGGGAAGAAGAGAGCUGGUUGUCUCUCCAUCAGACAACAUGAAUAGCCCUGCUGCAAACGACAACGAUGACACUAUCAUCAGCCCUACAACGUUCACAGCUUUGAAAUUGGGCCAUAAGAAAUCUCUCAGUGGGUUUUAGUUAUUUGUGCUUCUGCUUCUGGGUUUUGUGAUUGGUUCGGUAUAGUUAGCUUUUCUUUAUUUUAUGUCCUUUUUUAUAUACGUUUGUAUAUGUCUCUUUUGUUUAAAAGUGUUUGGUACUUUUGGUCCCUUUUUGUUUUUUAGCGUAAUUGACAAUAUUUCCAAACAGCGCACUAUUCUGCAGCUUCUGCAGCUUCUGCAGCUUCUGCGGAUCAUGCGCUUUCUGCGUUAUAAUGCAUAUAGACAGCGUGGCAGCAACGGCCCAAAACGGUAGCUUCCGUUUCAGGCAAUGACUCAUUGAAAUUUUUCACAAAAGCUCAAAAACACCAAAACGUUAUCUUUUGGAAACUUUUUUCCACUGAGGUUUAG